AUGGAUUGGGUUCGUGGUGAAAAAUUGGGUAGUGGAAGCUUUGGAACGGUGAACUUAGCCAUAUCUAGAAGCCAGAGCUCUCAAAUUCCGCAAUUGAUGGCCGUGAAAUCUUGUGGGGUGUCUCUUUCUGAUUCACUUAUGAAUGAGAAAUUGAUACUUGAUGAGCUUAAAGAUUGCCCAGAAAUCAUUCGUUGCUUUGGGGAAAAUUUUACCCAUGAAAACGGUGAGAAAUUGUAUAAUGUAUUGUUGGAGUAUACUUCCGGUGGCUCUUUGGCCGAUAAAGUGAAGAAUUGCCGGGAUAAUCGGCUGCCGGAGAGUGAAGUCCGGCGGUAUACAAAAGCUUUACUCAAAGGGCUUAAUUAUAUUCACAAGUUUGGUUAUGUUCAUUGUGAUAUUAAGCUUCAGAACAUUCUUAUGGGCAAAAAUGGCGGUGUAAAGAUUGCGGAUUUUGGCUUGGCGAAGAGAGUUGGAAGAGAAAAAAUGGGUGAUUUUGGGUGUGAAUUGAGGGGUUCACCACUGUAUAUGUCGCCAGAGAUGGCCAACAGAAACGAGCAGGGUCCUCCCGCGGACAUAUGGGCACUUGGGUGUGUGGUGGCGGAGAUGGUCAGUGGAGCUUCUCCGUGGAGGUGCUUCGGCUUGGCGGAGCUACUGAUGAGAAUCGGCGUUCAUGGAGAGAAGCCGGAGGUGCCCAGUAAUUUAUCAUCAGGAGGAAAAGAUUUUCUAGGAAAAUGUUUUGUUCGUGACCCAAGUAAGAGAUGGACGGCUGAGAUGCUUUUAAACCAUUCCUUUGUUGACGAUCAAGAAUUUGAUGACACUGUUACAUCAAAGGGAAGACGUGAUGAAGAUAAUCCCUCGACCUCUCCGAGGUGUCCAUUGGAUUUCCCAGAUUGUGCAAUUACAUCUUUGCCCUCGCCGGAAUAUUCAUCAAAAUCUAGCUCUUGGUUUAACGAGGAGGCGAAUUUGACAACUGGGUCGAAGUCCAUUCCGCCAGCGGAGAGGUUGCAAGGACUAGUGAGCGAUCAUCAGCCUCGUUGGGUGCGGUCCGGACCAGAUGACUGGCUCACCGUUAGAUGA